GUCCUGCCUUUCGUUUUCUGGUAAGAAAUAUUUCACACAAACAAAAAGCAUUACAAAUAUCUAAGGGUGGAUUUCUCUUGCUCGAUCCUCGCCCAAUUCUUUUCACUCCCCUUUUCCAAGGUGAUUGUUACCAACAACAAAAUCUCAUCAGUCAACAAAUGCAGUUCAUUCUUACCAGGCAACCGACCUAACAAGUAUUCUAGAUUUCUGUGAAUCAGUUUGGUUUUGAAGAAUUGGGAAGAAACAUCAUCGUUCAGUGGAAAGAUGGAAGGCCUAAGGGAAUUCAUUUGCGAGAGUUGUAAGAUGGCAUUCCAUUCUGUUGGACUUCUAAAUAAACACAAGGCCAAAUUUUGCAUCGGCACAGACUUAAAAGAUCCAGUAGCUCUCUGGAGAGGACGGAUGGGACGCAUUAAAAUAGAGCAAGCAUCCAUGAAGACGAUGCAUUCCACAAGGGCAAGGACUUCUGAUUUAAUCAUUAAUCAGCAUGUGGAUCAGAAAAAGAGUCUACCAGCUAAACCACGGGAUGUCUUGUUAGAGAAUAAUACUUUAAGCAAACUCACCGAAGAGUUUCAAAAACUCAGGAUGUCAAUUGAAGACAGCCUGACCGCAAGACAAACAGAGAUCUCAUUUCAGCAGAGAGCUCAUGAGGAGAAGGCUCUACAAUUGUCUAAGAUUCAUAAAAAGAGGUUGGCUGAGAUCGGGGCAUACAACCAGCGACUGGAGAAGGAGAGAGAGGAGAUCGACCAGCGGCUUGCAGAGUUGGCAGGACGUGACAGAAUUGCUCAUAUAGAGGAAGUGCUGCAUGAGCAGAGAUAUCAGGAACAGAAGAACGAGGAGCUCCUACAUCAGAUCAGCCCUUACAUCGACUCGAAUAAAGAACCCAGCUCAAGUGAGGUCCCUUCUAACCCACCAGUGGACAUGAAGAUGCAACAUAUCAAUUUUGAUUUGAUCUCCUCUGUGGACGGUCCCCUCUCUGCCCAGAUCAGAGCUUUGCGUCUUGCAUACAUGCAGUCAGGGGGUUCGGAUCCAGAGUUUCUGGCCCACAUGCAUGACCUUCAGUCUGAGGCUCUGACACUGGAGCAGACACAACAUAAAACUGAUGGCAGGGCAAAAGGAAGAAGAAAGUCUCCUCACAGGUUGUUGGACUCUGAGGUUCUUGCUGUGGAGGAGGAGAACCAGAGACUUGAGGAGGAAAUCUUCAGAAUCCAGCUGGCCAGGGAGAGGCGCAAAGGGCUCAAUGUUAUCCAGAAGGGCCACAAUCCUCAUAUGUCUAGCCUUCAAGCUGAGAUCGCCUAUCUUAAAAGAGAAAUAGAGAAGGGCAGAGAGAGAAGGCCACCUCUUACUCCUCCCACAUCACCUCUUUUUCCUCAGCCCGCUUUGGCACUAACUAGCCCUGCUCUGUCAUUGGAUGAAAGUUUAAAGCAGCCUUCACCAAUUGGUCACCAUGUAACUGAUUCAAUGGAAACCUUUGGUCCUGCGCCAUAUGAUCCUGUGGCUGGCUUCGUGAUCUUCUAUGACCUGGUAAUAGGUAUUGAAGCCACUAUGAGAUCAGUGCAUUUGUUGGUGGAUUUAUAUUGUAAUGGCCAGAAGUUGGGACAGACCACCACCAUGCCACAUGUGCAAUGCCUGCCAUCCACCAAGAGUCCUGGAAAUGUUGCCAUACUGGCUGUCAAACAGCCUGUACCAAGAAUACAACCAUCUUCAAACCUCUCUUUGGUCGUGGAGAUCCAGGCUUCUGAAGGUCUUGAUUUGUACGGUCAUACGGUGACUCAAGGCUGGGCUAAGCUUGAGCUUUUUGACCAGCACAACCAGGUUUACAGAGGUCAUUGGAGACUUCCAUUUCGAUCUCUACCAGUUCAAGUAUCUCUUAGCCCAGCUCAGCUCAACUUUGUUCCUCAGAUUGGCAACACAGAACUUUGCAUUCGGGUAUUAAAUGCUUGUGAAGAUGUACAGACCCAAGCAAAGGUUAACCACAACACUAUCAGCCAAUACAAGUACCCACCAAUGGUAUGCAAUGAUGAAUUUUAAGUGUUACUUUAAUAUUUAACGGAUGGAUUUUUUACCUCAUGAAACAAUUGUUAUUGAUCAGCCUCAUAAUUGUCAAUUUUAGGUGGUUUAAAAACACCUUCAAUCCCAGCAACCCAUGAACCACAGCAAAAAAUACAACCCUCUUGCAAUCCAGUGCCUUCAUCACUGCCACAGACAGAAUGAGGUUUCUCCUGCCAUGAAGUCAAAUUAGAGCCUGAAAUUAAACAUUUGACCAACUAUUUUGGAUGCUUUUUACACCUCUUGUAUCAGGUUUAUGAAAUGUUGAUUUGUGAGCAGUUUCUGUUCUAUUCUUAUUGAUCUAGACAUCAAUGCAUGUACAACCCCCCCCAACAAUUUGAUCAUAUUAAAGCAAUCUACAAGUCUACUAUUAAACCAAGCAAGAGUUCUGAUCCAUGGAUAGACUU